CGGUGACGUAGAAUCAGAUAAACUUAGACUAUUAUUAAAACCAAAGUCACAUAAAACACUAAUUAAAUAUUCAUCCCCAACGACAAUGCGAAUCAUUCAUGCUUAGUAUUUUGUUAGCAGCGAGUUUGAAUACGUGUAUUGCACCCCAUUUCGCCCACUAACUACGGUGACGCCGCACUGGCCCCGUGGGAUAGUGGCUGGGGGUUGGGCGUAGGCAGGCAUCCUAGUGAAAUGGAUUGUCAAUAUGCAGAACAAUUUGGUGCCACGACACAACAAUUCACGGAACGAUUUAUAUGAAUGAUAUGUGGGGAGGGCGGGGGCUGACCGAACACGCGUGCACUUCGGCGGCGUCCGGAUGCGAUAAACAUCGUUCAACUACAAUCGAUGAACAAAUGACCAUUAGGAGCAAUGUGACAGAGUCCUUCUGGGGGAACACGGUGCAGGACUGCCAAACGGUGAUUAAUUAAAACUGUGUCUUUGAUUCGUUUUUUGAAUUGAAUAAGCAGACUAGUUCUUCGAAGUUAAUAUCUACUUGAGGUAUUUACAAUGAGAGUUCAAAAGUAUCUCAAUCCAGUUUAUUCCACAUUGCACAUUUUACUACGGUAGAAAGAAAUUGUAGAACAAAUUUCGCCAUUGUAUUUUGCACAACUCUCCCCCGAAAUCUGCCCAGUUGAAAGGGCAUCCAGGCACCCCUUUCAUUCAUGUACGUUUCGACAGAGUGGGAAUAGUAUCCUGGCCAUGAACUACAGUGAAGUUCUUUAUGCAAUAUCAUAUGAUUGAUUGAUUCUCCCUCAGUACGUAAUGAUUGUCAGUGGAAUUCAGUUGUAGUCAAAUACGCAGCAUGUCCGAAAGCGUGUACUCAGAAAUCACCUCCUGGCGAAAUGCCAACUAUUUCGAAAAUGUGGUCGCCACGGAUUACAAGAUCAAAACCUCCGAGUUCAACAUCGCCAAAAUUCACAUUUCAACGGCCAUUCCCAAACACAGUGGAGCUGUAUCGCUGGUGCACCGAGUGUUGCUGCAGGUUCACUUCCAUGGUCGAAGUUCACCGAAACACGUGAGUUAUAUCGUGAAGGAGCGAGCUGACUCCGACGAGGAUCAUGAAUUAGCUGGGAACUCGUGCACGUUUGCCAAAGAAAUUGAGCUCUAUACUCAAAUCCUACCGGGGUUCGAAAAACUGUGGGCGAAUGAAAACGUGAAGUUUGGACCGAGAGUUCUCAAAGUGACAAUAACACCGUUCAGGUUGAUCGUUAUGGAGGAUCUCAAAGCGUCAGGAUUUCGAACCAAAAAGAGUCUGAGGGGAUUCAAGACAUCCGAUUGCGAAAAAGUGUUGGAAAAGUUGGCCAAGUUUCACGCUGCUUCAGUUCAAUAUAUCGAAAGAAAAGGGUCGUUUUCGGAUCAAUUCAAAACUGGCACUUUGAACGACAAAACGAUGAAGGCUUACGAAGUUUACUACACGCCGUUGUUCGAUUCAUUCUACCAGAUGUUGGAUGAUCUGAAAUACCACCCAAAAAUACUGGAAAAAUUGCUACCUCUGAAAGGAAAAGCGUACGCAACAACCUGCAACCUAUUUCGACUCAACCCUACAAAGUUCAACGUUCUCAAUCAUGGUGAUCUACGAAUGACCAAUAUUCAUAUCAGGGAAUUUGACAAAUUACUCCUCAAUUACCAGACCUCAUUCUACGGAUCGCCUGCGUUCGACCUGAUCUACUUCCUGACGAUGUCGGCUUCUUUCUGCACCCGGAUAGACCGAUUCGAUCACCUAAUCGACCACUACUACAAGCACCUGAAGGCCGGUCUACAGAAGCUAGGAGUGAUGACUGCUAUACCUACUCAACGCCAGCUUCGAGAAGAUCUCGCUGCCCAUGGAUUUCUGAUGUGCCUCAAAUCCAUCGAGGCACUGGCCGUUACGCUGGAAAUGCCCAAACUGGAACUGGAUAUGAAGCUGUUCCGGUCAACGGGACCGGACGGAGCCGAGUUCCGGCGGAACCUGUACGCCAAUGUGCAGUUUGAGAAAACGCUGGAGAGGCUUGUGAUGUUCAUGUGGAAAAGAGGCUUUUUUAAUUUUUCUCAGAUGUGA